AUGGCUCUAAAUGGCCUGUCCGGCGCCUGGAGCCCUUCCAGCUGGAGAAACAAACCGAUCGUCCAGUCGGUGACGUACAACGACGCAGGCUCGUUCAAGCAAGCGACCAGCAAGCUCAACACACUACCACCGCUGGUGACGCCGCGGGAGAUUGUCAAACUCAAGAACGAACUGCGCGAGGUGGCUCUGGGGAAUGCAUUCCUGCUGCAGGGCGGCGACUGUGCCGAGCUGUUCGACUACUGCAACCAAGACAUGAUCGAAGCGAAAGUGAAGCUGCUGCUACAGAUGUCGUUGGUGCUGGUCUACGGGGCGAAGAAGAAGGUCGUGCGUGUGGCGCGCAUGGCGGGCCAAUACGCCAAACCACGCUCCUCGCCCAUGGAGACGAUCGACGGCGUGACCAUGCCCAGUUUCCGCGGCGACAUCCUGAACAGCUACGAACCGGAUCCGGCGGCGCGGGAACCCGACCCCAAGAGACUGGUGGACGCCUACUUCCACUCGGCCGCGACGCAGAACUAUCUGCGUGCCGCGUUGUCGUCGGGUCUGGCCGACCUCCAUGCCCCUCUGGACUGGAGCCUCGGCCACGUGCGCGACCCGUCAGUGCGAGAUCAAUACCAAGUCAUGGUCGAACGGAUCACGGACACAUUGGAGAUGAUGCGCACGAUCGGCCUCGACACGGGCGGUGGCUUGGAGACGGUCGACCUGUUCACGUCACACGAGGGCCUCCUGCUCGACUACGAGCAAUCACUAACUCGACUCUUCAAGCACCCCUCCAACACGCCCGCCCCGACGUUACCUUCCACAUCUGCAACCGCCAACGCCCAGGCCAAAGCCCGCAAGACCUCUCUCCCGACACAGCUUCCGCCGCCUCUCCCGCCGACGCAAGGCUACUACGACACAUCGGCGCACUUUAUCUGGAUCGGCGACCGGACCCGACAGUUGACGCACUCUCAUGUCGAGUUCUUCCGAGGCAUCGAGAACCCGAUCGGCGUCAAGGUUGGCCCGAGCAUGCCUCCGUCGGAUCUGGUGCCGCUGCUGAACAUUCUCAACCCGGGCUACGAGAUUGGCAAGAUCGUGCUGAUCACGCGCUACGGCCACGACAAGAUCGGAACCCAUCUGCCGGCGCAUAUUCGUGCCGUUCAGGCCUCACCGCACCGCGACACUGUGGUGUGGCAAUGCGAUCCUAUGCACGGCAACGGACGCAAUGCUACAGUGACCCUACCCAGUGCCAAGUCCGACUCGGACGGCACUGCCAAACCCGAAACCACAACCAUCAAGACCCGCCGCUUCAGCGAUAUCCUGUCCGAACUGCGCCAAGCUCUCCAGAUCCAUCGCUCCAUGCACAGCUACCUCGGCGGCGUCCAUCUCGAACUGACCGGUGAAGCGGUGACGGAAUGUGUCGGUGGCGCCGAGGGAUUGACCGAGGAAGACCUGAGCCUCAAUUACACCACUUUUUGCGAUCCGCGGCUCAACGAGAAACAGGCGCUCGAACUGGCGUUUCUGGUAGCCGGCUUCUACAGAGAAGGUGGUGACAAUAAGAGAGGUGUCUAA